UGACCACACUCAGGCUGCCACACAGCCCCAUCAUGCUCCUGUGAUAACACUUAACUCCACCUACUCAUGCACACACACACACACACACACACACACACACACAGAGCAGGAAGUCAGUGGAGCAGAGUACAUGCACCUCAGGACUGCGUGCAGGUGUCAUUCCCACUGUUCCCAGGCAGACAACUGCCUUCUCACACUUCUGACUCCCUCCCACUCCCCUGCCCACCCACAAACACAUGUAUCUCUUCCUCUCAACCUUUCCUCUGUACACAGCUCUGUGUCUGUGCUGCCACCAGGGACAGGUUGCUGGAAGGAGGUGGCCUUUUUCAAUGGAUUUCCACUGGUUCCUUGUGGCCAUCCUGGCUCCUCUGGGUGGGGCUGUUCAGCAAUCACCAGAUACAGUCAUCCAAGUGGGAGACCCUGUGAUUCUGAACUGCUCCGGAACGUUGAGUGGAGUCAGUUACCUGUACUGGUACAAGUUGCCCACAGGGAAGGAUGCCUCUCUGCAGUUGGUUGUGUACUCAGUGGAAGGUGGCAAGGCAGAUAUUGAGAAGGAAUUCUUAAAUCACAUCCAGAGUAAUGGGACUAAGAACAAACGUUUAUCUAUGAAGAUAGAUCAUGCCCUACUCAAUGACUCAGGCACAUAUUUCUGUGCUGAACAAGAUUCGAAUUACGGUAAUAUGAUUUUUGGCGAUGGCACGAAACUUACAGUAAUAGAGAAGAAUAAGGAAAUCAUACCUCCAUCUGUGGCAAUCUUUUCCCCAUCAAAGCAGGAAAUCCAACAGAAGAACAAGGCCACACUGGUGUGCCUGGCCUCUGGUUUCUACCCUGACCACCUGACUCUGGUCUGGAUGGUAAAUGAUGUUAAAAGGACAAAAGGAGUGGGGACAGACGAAUUCUCCACACAGAAUGGGAGUACCUACUCGCUGACCAGCCGACUGAGGAUCCCAGCCUGGGAAUGGUUCAACCCUUUCAAUCAUUUUGAGUGUGUUGCCAAUUUUUUUCAGAAUGGAAAAGAGGAAUCCAUACACAAAGUUAUCUCUGGUGAUGCUGGUUGUGCAGUUACAGAAGACUCGUACUUGCGGUAUGGAAAUUCUGUGAAGCUCACUUACCUCAUUCUCUGUGGCAAAGCCUUGAUCUAUGCAGUUUUGGUGAGCAGUCUGUUGUGGAGAACCAAGGUAGGUGGCAAGUUGUAUAAAGAAUGAAUGAAGACCCCUCUUCAUCACGUCAGCAGAAACACAAGUUAUACCCUCUACCUUUCCAUAGCAAAGGAUCUAUGCUUCUAAGAACUUCUAAAUAUUUUUUGAUGAUUCUUUGUCCCAGUCUUGUUCUCCACUUUGUUGUACUCACUGCUGGAUUUUUCCUGUGCUUCCAUAUCAUAUAUUAUCAUAUUGUAUUGUCUCAUAUGUUUAAAACUAGCACCUUCUUAAUGCUCAGAGGCUGAGAACUCAGAUCCUUGAUUUAGGAAUAAAUUUUUAUCUUCUUUUCCAUUGAAAAAACAUGAGUUGUUGUUUUUUAAUUUGAUCUUUUGUAGUAAUAAUGUCCUACCACACAACUUUCAGUGAUGAGUGGUGUCAUAAGGAACUCAUAUUAAAGCUCAUUCACUGACAAUCUUUAUAGGAAUAAUUUAUCUGUUAUGGGAACAGAAGACGACUCAUCCAGUACUUAGACUGUGUGCCAACAACUGGAGCAAGGCUGCAGGCUUUAGAGGCUUGCACACUCCAGUGGUUAAUUUCUAGCCAAAACAGAUGCAUAAGGAAACAGAACUUUAGCCAGAAGAAAAGUGACACCCUCUCAGGAGAGGCAUGGUAGCUGCUUUCUCUCUUGCCGUGUUCUUACUUGAGAUUAGCUUGGUGAUGGCACCACACUCAUUGUGUUAGUGAAGAAAAAUUUUGUGAAUAGAUUAAAGGUUGCCUGACAGUUAAUGUGUUUGUUUCAAAAGGAUCUGAUGACAGGUUUGAGAAGAAGGUGACAUAUCUUUUUUAAUGUCAUUAAGGGAAAAAAAGUUAUAUCUAAGUGGUAGAGGAUAGAUGGGUAUAAUCCUAUAAAAUGGAGUUAUUUUUCCUGCUCUGUACUUGUAACUCCUUUAAUCUCCUCUAACCACUUCAAAACAAGAGAAAAUACUAUAUUGAAAAAUGAUUACAGAAAUUAUUUAUGUAGUCUUAUGGCUAUUUCAAACAAAAUGGAGAACUGUUUCCUGAAAAUACUUUUUUCAAAAAUGUGUUUAUGGGUCUCACAUUCACAAGAUGUGGACAACCUGGUCUAGUGGAAGGUGUCCCUGUCCAUGGCAGGGGGUUUGGAACUAGGUGAUCUUUAAGGUCCCUUCCAAACCAAACAAUUCCGUGAUUUUAUGAUUCUAUGAAACACUUUUUGUUAUCCUCAACCAAACAAUUUAAUUGUGCCUCAAUAAUUCACAAAAAGUCUUAGCAUUUGCUUCACUAUUAAGAAGGAAAUUUGAGUUGAUUUCUCCAUUACACAAACUAAGCACAGAGAAAUAAUCUUGGCCAUUUGGACACCUAUCGGUAAGCUUUUACAAAUUUAGGCAGUAAUUUUUAUCUGUGCUUACACAGAACCACUGCAAUUUGGAGGAGAAACCAAGCUGACUAUUACGAUUAAUAAAAUGUUAUUUACCAAGUAUGUUUGAAAUAAAACAAAGGAAGCCCAGAAACAAUUUUCCUUUCAGUUAUUUCUUUUUAUAGUUAUAUUUUCUAUUUUGGUCAAGUCAUGUUUAA